UUGGUUAAACCGUUUUUUCUGUUUUCAUAAAAGCGCACAAACUACAAUUUCAGAAACUCUCUCGUGCGAUUCCCGCUCAAGCAACCACCUUCUUCCCACACCAUUCCUGAUCUUCUUCGCACACUCGUCUCUUGCAGUCCACCACGUUCUUCACAUUCGCACAUCGCGUUUUUCAAGCUAGAAUGGUGACAUUCGAAGUUUAUCGAAGUUCGACCGUCGGAUUGUGCCUCAUAGAUACUUUGGACGAGAUGGUUGAGAAUGGAAGUCUUAGUCCCGAGCUAGCGAUUCAGGUUCUCCUUCAGUUCGAUAAGUCUAUGGCUGAAGCUAUGGAAACACAAGUUAAGAGCGAGGUCUCUAUCAAGGGACAUCUUCAUACAUACAGAUUUUGCGACAAUGUUUGGACCUUCAUCUUACAAGAUGCUUUGUUUAAGAAUCGAAACAUCAAAGAGAAAGUUGGAUGGGUUAAAAUAGUAGCAUGUGACACCAAGUUGCUCGGUUAAUAAUAUGACUCUAUGAGCACCAUUAGUAAACUCAACUAGGAUUUCAUUUUGUUAAUAUUUGAUUAUGUCGAUAACCAUAGUUGG